CCCUGAAUAGAUAUAUAGCUAACACAAGGACAAGUAAGCUAUACAAAGGUAAUUCUAAACAUUUUACAAUUUACAGAUAUAAAUAUAGAUAUAGUUGUUGCAAAACUGCAGAGAGCAAAGAUUCUGGAAUGAAUAUGGAAUGAUUAACAGGUUUUUGUUAUAUACAUGAGGUAGAUGGAAAUGACAGUUUAUGCAAUACAAUAAAAGGCCAACAGCAGUGGAUGGCAACUGACGGCCCGCGGGCCAUAAAUGGCCUGCCUGACAUAUCUGGUCCGCCAGAUUGUUCAGAAGUUAUAUGCCUCAUCCUUAUUGUCCAACCGCUUAUCAGGGAUCGGGUCACGGGGGCAGCAGCUCCAGAAACCGUGAGUUCCUCACGGUUGGCUGAGCUUCUCAUGUGUCUAAGGGAGGCGACAGCCACCCUCCUGAGAAAACCCAUCUCGCCUGGCAAAUUCAACGGUUUUGAAUUUGAAAAAGAUUUUUGACACAUUUGUUCAGCUUGGUCCGAAGAUCAUAAAUGGCAAGUUUCAUGAAGAUUGAAAACUUGAAAAAGAUUGUUAAAACACAUCUUCAUUAAUUACAGUGCCCCCUAGAGGUCAAAGGUCACCAAAUUGAAUGAGAGUCCCCAUGAUGAUGUCAUGGGUCUAUGUACCAAGUUUGGUAAAGAUAUGUCAAAGAGCUGCUGAGGCUGUUGGCUGUCGCGACCAAACGGUUCUGAAUUUGAAAAAUCUAUUCAAUAAAUCUAGCAUGGCCUGAAGAUCAUCUGUGCCAAGUUUCGAGAUGAUUGGACAGCAUUUGUGACAAGAGAUGCAUUUUGAAGGUUUUUGACAUAAACCAAGAUGGCGGAAAAUCCAUAAUGGCGCAAAACGACAACAGGAUGCUUUGAACUCGGCAUGGACGAAGCAUUCCAAUGAUUCCUUGUUUGUGAAUAUUGGUAGACUGGGUAGGCCCGCCCCUUCUGCCUGUGAUUUGAGUUCGCCCUGCACAAGGGUCUGGAGAAGAGCAAUACAUUUCUUUCUGCUUCCGAUACGUUUUUGCGGGAGCCAAUCACCAAGCUGGCUUUUUCCCUUUGCGCGCUAUUGGCUGGUUUAACACAAUGACGACAGGGAAGCAACGGCAAGCAGCCAAUCACGUACCGAGCAGCAAUGAGGGGGGAAAGCAGAAUAUGACUCCAUAAACUAAUUUUGGUGGACAGACAUAAUUGGUUAGGUGGCUAUUCGAUGACCGUCUCAGUAAUUUCACCUACAAAGAAAGCUAUUGGCAAAUGGUUUUCACAAUGAAAAUACAUUGAAUAUUUUCCCUGAUAAACAGGAAAUACAAAGGAUUUCAUGUGUCACUCAAUGAUAUAAAAACCAACUGUGUCUGUGUUUCCUUCUAAAGUCUCAACUCCAAAUUUCUAGAUCUCAAACUACAGAGCAGCUGAGCGGCCGUGAAGCAGGAGCCAUGGCAGACACUCGGAAGACAGUGGUCAAGGUGCUGAUCAGUGUAGAGAAGGUCACGUCCUUUGCCACCUCCAUCAUCCUCAUCUGCGGCAUCAUCUCCCCCCUGGUGAGGUUUCUGCGCAAGGGCCUCCAGGAGGACGGGGCCCACGCCCUGGAAAAGGACUUCCAGGCACUGCACUGCAAGAUGGGGAGCAUCUCGGCCAAGAACCGGCAGUACCUGCAGAAGAUCCGGAUCGACGAGGUCAACGAGACCUUCGACAACCCCGAGGAGUUCAUGAAGCACCAGUACGCCGCCUUGGGCAACAUGGUGACCCGGGUGAAGAAGGACCCGGACGCCUCCGACCUCCACAUGAGCACCUUCGAGAGGAUAAACGAGCGGGACAAGGCGGACAUAAGCCUGGACGUCCACUACCGUGGUGUGAUGGGGAAGGGCUCCGUGUUCGGCCGGCCCCUCCUGCUGGUGUACUUGGAGCACUGCGGACACGACCGCACCGUGAUGGAGCACCGCUGCUCCCACCUGCGCCUACUCUUCCACAUGGGCCUCAUCGCGCUCAUGGCCUACACGGCGGUGACGGAGGACGACGAGGAGGAGGUGGCCCAGAAGUGGGCCAAGAGAGUGCAGGAGAUCCAGAGCAGGAUGGAGGAGGUGCUGAGUCAUUGCAAGGAGGAGAGCCCGCCCUAGGUUCUGGGAGGGGAGGUCGGAGGGGAGAUGGGAGAUUGGUGGUGGGAGGUCGGAGGGGUGGGGGGAGGGGUGGGGGGAGGGAUACGAUAUUGUCCAUGUCAAUACGGAAGCACUUCAGGUGGGGUGGGGUCACUUUACUCCCUGAAUCCACUCUCGACCAAUUCAAAGAUAUUUAAUCAUGCCGGGAAUAUUUUGGAGAUUUAUUUGUAUAGUCAGGAUGCCUGCCAUAUAUGCUAAUGUUUUUAUUAUUUUGGUUGACACAUCGAUGCUGUGUGGGAUAUUUUGUUUAAAUGGAGACCAUGCUUUUGUGUAUUAGCUGCCUAAAUAAAUGCUGCUGUUAUGCAUCAAAUGUUUCUUUUUAAAA